AUCCUCAUCGUCUGAAUCUCUUCUAUCUUGCCAACGAUGUCAUACAGAACUGUAAAAGGAAGAAUGCAAUCAUAUUUCGUGAGUCCUUUGCUGAUGUACUUCCCGAAGCAGCUGCUCUAGUGAAGGAUCCAUCUGUAUCUAAAUCUGUAGAACGAAUCUUUAAAAUUUGGGAAGAUAGAAAUGUAUAUCCAGAAGAAAUGAUUACGGCAUUAAGAGAAGCUCUGAGUACCACUUUCAAAACUCAGAAGCAGCUGAAAGAAAAUCUGAACAAACAACCGAAUAAGCAGUGGAAGAAAUCACAAACAGCAUCCACAAACCCCAAAGCCGCUCUCAAGUCGAAGAUAGUUGCUGAAUUCCGAUCUCAGGCCCUCAUCGAAGAACUUUUGUUAUAUAAGCGCUCAGAAGACCAAAUAGAAUUGAAGGAAAAGCAGUUGUCUACUAUGAGAGUGGACGUAUGCAGCACAGAAACCCUCAAAUGCUUAAAAGAUAAAACAGGUGGGAAGAAGUUUUCCAAAGAAUUUGAAGAGGCAAGCUCUAAACUGGAGGAAUUUGUGAAUGGAUUAGACAAGCAGGUGAAAAAUGGACCCUCAUUAACUGAAGCACUGGAAAAUGCUGGCAUUUUCUAUGAAGCACAAUACAAAGAAGUAAAAGUGGUGGCCAAUGCAUAUAAAACCUUUGCUAAUCGAGUGAAUAAUUUAAAGAAGAAGUUGGAUCAAUUGAAGUCGACCCUUCCAGAUCCUGAAGAAUCACCAGUCCCUUCCCCAAGCGUGGAUGCUCCCUCACCAACUGGGUCUGAAUCCCCUUUUCAGGGAAUGGGAGGUGAGGAAUCUCAGUCACCAACCAUGGAAAGUGAGAAAUCUGUCACACCUGAGCCUGCGACAGAUAAUCGUGAUGUGGAAGACAUGGAGCUCUCAGAUGUGGAAGAUGAUGGGGCAAAAAUUAUUGUGGAGGACAGGAAAGAAAAGCCUGUGGAGAAAACUGUCUCCACUUCAGUGCCGACAAAGCCAACAGAAAGUAUCUCCAAGGCCUCCUCCACUACCCCAGUGCCCGUGCCGGUGACAGCAACUCCGCCUCCUGCAAAGCCUGCGACGACAGCCCUUCUGGCCUCCUCCCCAGCCUUGGCUUUGCCAAAUCUGGCUAAUGUGGAUUUAGCAAAAAUAAGUUCCAUCCUUAGCAGCCUGACAUCAGUCAUGAAAACUACUGGGGUCAGUCCUGCAUCAAGACCAUCUCCUGGAACACCUACAAGUCCCACCAACCUCACCAGUGGCCUGAAAACACCUGCUCCUGCCACACCAACCCCUCACAACCCUCUGGCAAAUAUCCUCUCCAAGGUGGAGAUCACCCCAGAGAGCAUUCUGUCUGCCCUCUCCAAAACCCAGACCCAGUCAGCCCCUGCACUGCAAGGCCUGUCAUCCUUGCUUCAGAGUGUUACUGGGAAUCCAGUUCCAGCCAGUGAAGCUGCUGCCGCCCAGAGCACCGCAGCCUCUCCUGCCAACACAAAGGGAAGGAGUCUGCCCUCCAGUGCCCAGUCCUUUAUUCCCAAAAGCUUCAACUAUUCUCCUAAUUCAUCAACUUCUGAAGUCUCUUCAACUUCAGCCAGCAAGCCUUCAAUUGGGCAAAGCCCAGGACUCCCAAGCACUACUUUCAAGCUACCAUCCAACUCUCUGGGGUUUACAGGUACCCACAACAAUGCUAGUGCUGCUGCCCCACCUACUGAAGUUGCCAUGUGCCAAUCUUCAGAGAUCUCCAAGCCAAAGCUGGAAUCAGAGUCCACCUCCCCAAGCCUGGAAAUGAAGAUCCACAACUUCUUAAAAGGUAAUCCUGGUUUCAGUGGCUUAAACUUAAACAUACCAAUCCUGAGCAGUUUGGGGUCCAGUGCCCAAACAGAGAACCAUCCCUCAGACUUCCAGCGUGGCCCCACUAGCACCUCAAUGGACAAUAUUGAUGGAACCCCUGUGCGGGAUGAACGCAGUGGGACACCAACCCAGGAUGAGAUGAUGGACAAGCCCACAUCCAGCAGUGUAGAUACUGUGUCCUUGCUUUCUAAGAUCAUUAGCCCUGGUUCCUCAACACCCAGCAGUACAAGAUCACCACCCCCUGGGAGAGAUGAAAACUACCCCCGGGAGCUCGCCAAUUCGGUACCCACAUAUCGACCCUUUGGCCUGGGCAGUGAAUCUCCCUAUAAGCAGCCUGCUGAUGGAAUAGAGAGACCAUCUUCCCUGAUGGACUCCUCACAGGAAAAGUUCUAUCCAGAUACUUCUUUCCAAGAAGACGAAGAUUACCGAGAUUUUGAGUAUUCAGGGCCUCCAGCGUCCGCCAUGAUGAACCUAGAGAAGCAGCCAGCCAAGUCUAUCCUGAAAUCAAGCAAGCUGUCUGAUAAUGCCGAGUACCAGCCUGUUCUUUCUAAUUAUAGCCACAGGGCCCAAGAAUUUGGGGUAAAGUCUGCCUUCCCUCCAGCUGUAAGGGCCCUCUUGGACUCUAGUGAGAACUGUGACCGGCUCUCCUCUUCCCCUGGGCUCUUCGGCGCCUUCAGCAUAAGAGGGAAUGAAACUGGGUCUGACCGGUCACCAUCACCGAGUAAGAACGAUUCAUUUUUCACCCCCGACUCCAACCACAAUAGCUUGUCUCAGCCUACCACUGGGCACCUCAGUUUGCCACAGAAGCAGUACCCAGACUCUCCUCACCCAGUCCCACAUCAUUCCCUUUUCUCUCCGCAGAAUACCCUUGCCGCUCCCACGGGCCACCCACCCACAUCAGGCGUGGAGAAAGUCCUGGCCUCCACCAUUUCCACCACGUCGACGAUUGAGUUUAAGAAUAUGCUUAAAAACGCCUCCCGCAAGCCCUCAGAUGAUAAGCAUUUUGGCCAGGCCCCCAGCAAGGGCAGUGCAAGUGAUGGUGUCGGUCUGGCAAACCUCACCCCGCCCAGCUUGAGCACCGCUGAGCGACAGCAACAAGAAGAGCACUACCGCAUAGAGACCCGCGUCUCCUCCUCCUGCUUAGACUUGCCGGACAGUACAGAAGAAAAGGGGGCCCCAAUAGAAACUUUGGGUCAUCAUAAUGCUUCCAACAGGAGGAUGCCAGGGGAGCCAAUUCAGACCGUAGAGUCCAUCCGAGUGCCUGGGAAGGGAAAUAGAGGACACGGGCGCGAGGCUUCAAGGGUGGGUUGGUUUGAACUGAGCACAUCGGGCAGCUCUUUUGACAAUGGCCCCUCAACUGCCUCUGAGCUGGCAUCUCUUGGGGGUGGGGGCAGUGGAGGCCUCGCUGGUUUUAAAGCAGCACCGUACAAGGAACGGGCACCCCAAUUUCAGGAGAGUGUCAGCAGCUUUCGUUCCAGCAGUUUCAACUCAACAUUUGAGCAUCAUCUCCCCCCUGUCCCCUUGGAGCAUGGGACACCCUUCCAGAGAGACCCUCUGGGGCCAACAGCUGCCCCACCUGUCCCUCCUAAGGAUCAUGGUGGUAUCUUCUCCCGAGAUGCAGCCACUCACCUGCCCUCACUGGAUCUUUCGAAUCCCUUCACAAAGGAGGCACCUCUGGCCCAUGCUGCCCCACCCCCUCCUCCUGGGGAACACAGCGGUGUCCCCUUCCCUACCCCACCCCCACCCCCUGGGGAACACAGCAGCAGUGGGGGGAGUGUUGUCCCCUUUUCUACUCCACCCCCGCCACCACCCCCUGUUGACCACUCUGGGGUUGUACCCUUCCCAACCCCACCACUGGCAGAGCACGGAGUGGCAGGGACUGUGGCAGUAUUUCCUAAGGACCAUAGCUCCCUCCUUCAAGGGGCCCUGGCUGAGCAUUUUGGUGUGCUCCCAGGACCCAGGGACCACGGGGGCCCCACCCAACGGGACCUCAAUGGCCCUGGCCUUAGCCGUGUGCGUGAGAGCCUGAGCCUGCCGUCCCAUUCUCUGGAGCACUUGGGCCUGGCCCAUGGAGGAGGAGGAGGUGGGGGAGGCAGCAACAGCAGCAGUGGCCCCCCCUUGGGUCCCUCACACAGAGACGCCAUCAGCCGGAGUGGUAUGCUUUUGCGGAGUCCCCGGCCAGACUUUCGACCCAGGGAACCUUUUCUCAGCAGAGACCCGUUCCACAGUUUAAAGAGACCCAGGCCACCUUUCGCUAGGGGACCUCCGUUCUUUGCACCAAAACGCCCAUUUUUCCCUCCCAGGUACUGAUGGAAACCAAGGGAAAGGCAUUUUGAACAGUCUAGAGAGCAUUGGAAGUAGGAGUUUGGUUUAUUGUCGCUGUUUUGUUUUCCCUCUCUUUGCUUUAUUUGUUUCUUAUGACAAAGGGCCUCCAAAUUAAAAAGUCUCAUAUGCUUACAUUUCACGAUUCCAUUCAUCCAGUUCUCUUACCUUCUGCACUUACCUGCCUUCCCCAAGUUGUCCAUAUGGAAGGAGAGGGGUGGGGAAGCAAGAAACACAACUGAAGCCAGUUUGGUUGGGACUGGCUGGGGGAGAGGGGAGCAGAGGGUAGAAAAAGGAAAGCAAACCUUACUUUACCCCAUGUAUUGGAGAUUAUGUUUGAAAUAAAACUUCCAUCAGUACAGGUAGCGACCUGUACGAUGUUGGGGUGUUAUUUGGGGCUUGGCUUAUCAGGUAGUCAAUGGCAGGAUUUCUGUCUCCUUCUCUCCCCAGGCAAGGUGCUGCGGUAAGCAGCUGGCUCCCUUCCCUCUGCUCUGUGCCCUGCCGACAGUCAGGAGAUGUUGCAAGGAAGGAAAUGUGGGAGCCUUUGGACUUGUCAGCUUUAUGUGUGUUCUGUUUUGUUUCUAAAGACAUGUUAAAGUUGAGUUCUCUCCUCUGAUCCUAAAAGCUGAUUCUUUUUAAAACCAAACUCUACAUAUUACUGUCCGGCAGAUAACUGAGGUGCAAACCUCCUUUUAUCCUACAAGCUUUUGUUGUUCGUUCUUGGAAUGAAACAGGAAGCUGGAUAUCAUUUCCGAGGUUGGAAAGAGUGACUACAGCAAUCUGGAGAGACUUGGGCAGAGGAAGCGCUCCUGGUGCGAUGGGCCUGCCUCUCCUUUGUACACAUCCAUGCCAGGCAUUCUUGACCGUUUUCUCCCUCGGCUUGGACUUGUACAUUGGCCAGCCGUAGUUACUACAGUUGACAGUUGAUACAAAGGCACCUGAAAUGCUAUCCCUGACAUUUUUGGCCAAGAAAUUGCAAAAUCUUCGUUUUUAAACAUAGCAGCAUACUAUUUUUCCCAUGGUGCCUUCCCACUUUAAGUUGAUGGUUUUCAGCAAAAGUUAGAGAAAGGAAAAGUAUUUUCUCUUUUCCUCUUGCCCCAGCUCUGUGCACACCUACUCUUAAUAAUUAAAAGAGGUUCCAUAGCGUCUUUCGCUAUAGGUCUCUUUGGAGACAACGGGGCUGUACGCUCACAUUGCCCCACUCUACAGAUAGCAGCCCAUCACAUUUCAAGGUUCAAGUUUAUUCCCACCUCCCAGCCCCAACAGCAAUAAAGAAUGUUUCUGGCCACUUCACAUCAGAGAGAAGCACUGACUUGCUCCCUGCUUGUACUCUAUACCUAGUACUCUGGAAAUAGACAGUCGCUGCAGUUUGAAUGUCAUCACCUGGUGGCUGUCUAGGGACAUUGAAAAGCAAUUAUUGUUUGACUGCUGUUUUUCAUUAUUAGUGUCUUACCCCAAGGUACACAUGUAAAAUCUCCAGCUAAGUGAACAGUACAUGUUAAGCUUGUCAGGGAGUGUUAGCAAGUUUCAUAUAUUUCCAGCAAAGGUUGUCGGACUAACUACAGGAAGUAUGGGGGUGGCUUUGGGUUUCUCCAGAGGAAGAGUAAAGAUGGGAAGGGAGUAACAGAGAUGAUUCGUUGUCUCUGAAUCAACUUACUUUUCCGAGAAAGAGUAGCAUCACAGUUAUGGAGUUUUUGUUUAUCCCGUGUUAUUUAUUUGAGCUCGUCCGUCAUGUGUUCAUGGGUUUUGAUGCUUAAAGUCACUAAGCUUCCUAAUGCAUAUCUGGUCAGCAGAGUGUUAAGGAAACUGUUCUUCCUUUGACCCUCCCAAGCCUCUCUGCCUUGUAGCUUUCCCUGCCAAAAGCGCAUGUUCCCAUUACCUUGUGUGUGGGUUAUUGGGUAUGUAGUUUAGCCAAGCAACAGUGUGGUCAUGUUGAGUCCUAAGACGUUUGUUUAGGGAAACUUGUGAGAGAAAGAAUAAGAGUGUGUGUGUGUGUUUAUGUGCAUGUGUGUGUGCGUGCGUGAGUGCGUGCGUGUGUGUGCAGUGAUUAAGUGGAAUGUUUUUCAUUCGAAAAUAAAAGAAUGUGAAUUCUCUGCUGCUCUUGUGUAAGCUAGAAGUAGUGUUUACUUGAAGAAGCUCUCUGACCAUUUGAUUUUAUCAGAAAACGUGGGGGUGUCAAAAGGUGGCCUCCUGAGUGUCAGGACAGGGCAGUGUCCUCAAAAGCACGAUGGCUAAUCUAUGAAAGACUCUUGUACAGUUUCAAAAAUGGACCUUUAAGGGUUUGUGUGUGCGUGAUCUUUCUCUCACAUUAAGCCACAAAUUCCUCAGUGCAGUUUUUUCUGGAUGGAAGUGAGGAUUUGUAUGUGAUUGUCAGCUGUUAACUUUAAGGAAAUCUGUCGGCAGCAGUAAAUGAACACAACAAUGUAUAUAUGUGAUAUAGUAAAACAAAAAAACAACUCUGGUAUUCAUAACAUGAAACAAAGGGGUUUUAUUCUUUCUGUGUCUGUGAUUUAAAACUCUGUGACCAUGCUCUGAUUUUGUAUUUCAACCCGAGUUUAAAUAAAUAAACAAGAUUAUUUUUUAAAGAAAGUAUAAUUUAGUGUGUCUUGACAAGGACAUAAUUCAUGUGAAAGCUUACAUGAGACGCUCUUACUUGAUGCUCACUGUAAAAUCACAGACAGAGAAGCGAAGGUGGGGAGAAUACCGGCACACAUGAAGGUCAGGGAUGACACACUAUCAGAAAACGAGUCCGUACAUAUUUUAUAGUUCACGCUUCCUACAGCCUUAGACGAGAGCUUUCUCCCCUCUUCCCUCCCAAAGCUAAGAGUAAAUUGAAUUUGUUUUAAUUCCAAGGAAGGUAAAAUGAACAGUAAGACUUUCGAUCUUUCCAAUCCCAGGAAUGCAGCAUUUGUGUUCUCUGUGGUUUAGCAAACCUACCCAGAUACUGUGAAUACGCUAAACUUGCUAAUUGCAGAAUGUUCACCAUCAAGUCAUGAAGUUACCGGUUCACGUAGAAUUAAGCCUCAGCUGUUAAUGUUUUGGAGCCACUGUAAAUUACUGCUUUCAACAUCCCCCCCCCACCUCCCACCCUCUGUUUUUUUUUGUUUUGUUUUUGUUUUUUUGAAUAGGCAGGCGUGUCUGUUAAGAUUAAAGUUAGACAUGUUGGAUUGAUAUUCUCACGUGUUCGGUGUGGAAAACAAAACAAGUAUAUGCUUUAGGGGCAACAACAAUGAAAUCCUUUUGAAAUGUGUAUUAAUAUCAUUUAAUAAAAUAACUAGUUCUAAA